AUUUCUUUCAGUCGUAGGAAAGGCUUGUUUGAGUGAGCAUAGAAUAGAGUGGAGAUUUCGUAAAGACGUGUAAAUAACGGAAUUAGGAAGAAUAUCAGAAUGCGAGUAGUAACGUCACAGUUCACAACUUGAUAAAUUGAAAAUAUAUUAUAGUGUUUCAUUUCACUUACGACGAUAUGGUCAUACGUUUAUAUAAAAUUAAACAAGGAGCACUGUGAAAUAAAUACAUAAUGGAAACGGCGUUGCCUGAGGUGCAACUUUCCUGUCUGUUGUGCGAGCAGACUUUUGAUGCCAUUGAGAAGUUGGACGAACACCUGCCCAUCCACUUUCCGCAGCCGGAGAACACUGGCCAAACAUGCGAUCUAUGCGGGCGCGCGAUGCGAUCCUCGCUGGAGUUGCACCAGCACUACAAAAGAUUUCAUGAAGCCCAUGUGGGCAACACAGAGGGACACAUACAAUGCCAGCUCUGCGACAAGGUGUUCCUUCUCCAGGACUAUCUGAAGGUACACGUAAAGAUUGAGCACGCGACUGAUGGCUACCAACCAGAUGAGAAGUCUUUAGAUUGGCAGCACCACACUCCCAAAAAUCUCGACAUAACAAAUGAUGAUAAGCUGGAUCCCAUAUUGGUUCCUCCACCGAAAAAGAAGUAUCCACCACGCUCCCCCUUCUUUAAUCCGAAUCUCUGGCUAGGUCCUGACAACUCCUUUAUGUAAAGGGUUUUCUUAAGUGUUAAAAUAAUAUUACUUGAAAAGAGCUGUGAAUGCUGCUUACUGA